AUGGUUGGGAUAUGGGGCUCAUCUGGAAUUGGCAAGACUACCAUUGCAAGAGUUUUAUACAGUCAACUCUCUCGUCGGUUCCAAGGUAGUGUUUUCAUAGACAAAGCUUUUGUCUCCAAGAGUAUGGAACUUUAUAAAAGCUCUAACUCGGACGACUACAACAUGAAGUUGCAUUUGCUGAGAAGUUUUUUGUCUGAAAUCUUAGACCAAAAAGAUAUAAGGAUAGAUCGUUUAGAUUCAGUUGAAGAGAGGCUAAAGCACCGGAAAGUUCUCAUCUUUAUUGAUGAUUUGGAUGAUCAAGUGGUGUUAGAUACUUUAGUUGGUCAGACUCACUGGUUUGGUUGUGGGAGCAGAAUUGUUGUGAUUACAAAAGAUAAACAUUUUUUAAGGGCUCAUGGGAUUGAUCAUAUUUAUGAGGUAUGUCUCCCAUCUGAAGAGCUUGCUCUUGGAAUGUUCUGUAGAUCUGCUUUCAAGAAAAACUCUCCACCUGAUGGUAUGAUGGAGCUUGCUUCUGAAGUUGCAUUGCUUGCUGGGAAUCUUCCUUUGGGUCUUAAGGUUUUGGGAUCUUAUUUACGAGGUAAGGACAAAGAGGAUUGGAUGGAUAUGAUGUCUAGCCUUCGUGACAGGCUGAAUGGAAAAAUUGAGAGAACAUUAAGAGUCAGCUAUGAUGGGUUAAAUAACAGAAAAGAUGAAGAGAUAUUUCGUCACAUUGCAUGUCUCUUCAAUGGCGCAAAGCUCAGUGAGAUCAAACUCUUACUAGCUGAUAGUGACUUGGAUAUUAAUACCGGGCUGAAAAACCUAGUUGAUAAGUCCCUCAUUCAUGUAAGAAAGGAUAUUGUUGAGAAUGAGACUGUUGAGAUGCACCGUUUGCUAGAAGAUAUGGGCAAGGAGAUCGUCCGUGCACAGUCCAAUGAGCCUGGAGAGCGAGAGUUCCUUGUGGAUUCUAAGGAUAUAUGCGAUUUACUCGAAGAUAACAAAGGUACUAAAAAAGUUUUAGGUAUAGCACUGGAUAUGGAUGAGAUUGAUGUCUUGCGGAUACAUAAAGAAGCCUUUAAAGGGAUGUGCAAUCUCCGUUUUCUAAAAAUGUACAGUAAGAAAUGGGAGCAGCAGAACGAAGUGAGAUAUCACUGGCACUUAUCGGGAGGCUUCAACUAUUUGCCCCAUAAACUUAGAUUAUUGAGGUUGGACGGAUACCCAAAGAAAUGUAUGCCUUCUAAAUUUAGUCCUGAAAACCUCGUUAAGCUCCAAAUGCGGGGAAGUAAACUCAAGAGGCUAUGGAAUGGAGUUCAUGUAAGUUGUUCUAUACAGAACUAUACUGGGCGUAUUGUAUGUGCCAAUUGCCAUUUAGCUAGUAAGCCCGUGGAUAUUGAGGUUCCACAGGCGGUACUUCCUGAUACUGUAUUUGAAGCAGUUGUUAAAAUUCCUUAUGAUAUGCAACUAAAACAAGUUCUAGCUAAUGGGAAAAAAGGAGCUUUGAAUGUGGGAGCUGUUCUUAUUUUACCGGAGGGGUUUGAAUUAGCCCCCCCCGAUCGUAUUUCACCCGAGAUGAAAGAAAAGAUAGGAAAUCUGGCUUUUCAGAAUUAUCGCCCCAAUAAAAAAAAUAUUCUUGUGAUAGGUCCUGUUCCUGGUCAAAAAUAUAGUGAAAUAACCUUUCCUAUUCUUGCCCCGGACCCUGCUACUAAUAAAGAUGUUCACUUCUUAAAAUAUCCUAUAUACGUAGGUGGAAACAGGGGAAGGGGUCAGAUUUAUCCUGAUGGUAGCAAAAGGGGAUGCGGAAAUAGUACUUCAAGAUCCAUUACGUGUCCAAGGCCUUUUGUUCUUCCUCUUCCCAGUGGCAUCAACUUUCAACUGGUUGACCUUGACCUCAGCGGAUGCUCAAGGUUGAGGACAUUUCCUGAUAUCACAAACAACGUGUAUAUUCUCUAUCUAGCCCGAACAGGGAUUGAAGAGGUUCCUUGGUGGAUUGAGAAAUUCUCUCACCUCCAUUGGCUAACAAUGAAUGGAUGCAAUAGAUUACAGCGUGUAUCCCUACACAUUUCUAAACUGAAACAUCUUGAGAUAGUUGACUUUUCAGACUGUGGGUCAUUGACUGAAGCUAGUUGGAAUGAUAGUUCAAGUGUUGUGGCAGUGGCAACAGACAUUAUUCACUCUAAACUGCCAAUCCUUGACGAGGCUUCCUCUUCCUUUCCGGGCAAUUUGAUCAACUGCUUCAACUUUAAAUUCAACUUGGAUCAAAAACCUCUUCUUCGUCCACAAGUUAAUUCCAAAAACAUGAGGCUGCCAGGUGAAGAAGUGCCUUCAUAUUUUACUUACCGAACUACCGGAACUUCCUCCUCUCUGACCAAUAUCCCUAUACCUCAGACAUCUCUCGGUCAACCGUUGUUCAGGUUUAAGGCUUGCGUCAUGGUUGAUUCUGAAUCUUCUACCCAUACUUGUAGAUUUGAGAUCAACGUAUCUUGCCGGUUCAAAGACAAUGCUUCUAAAGCUGAAAUGAUCUACGAUCACGUGGAUAUUCAAUUUCAUGUAAGAAAUCUUGUUGACGCCUCUACGGCCAAAUUACAAGGAUGGGGUAUACGAUUCUCUGGUGACUUUCCAUCGCCGGAGAACCGACUUGGAAAUCCAAACAAUGGUCCAGAUGUUCGAGACAAUGAGAAGCAGCAAAUGGAUACAGGUUUGAAGAGGUGA